GGCCAUAAAGCCUCGCGGGAGAGCGCGGGACGCGGUUUGAAAGAUGGCGGAUGAGGUGGACCAGCAACAAACGACAAAUACUGUAGAGGAGCCACUUGAUCUCAUCAGACUAAGUCUAGAUGAGCGAAUCUAUGUCAAAAUGAGGAAUGACAGAGAGCUUAGAGGCAGACUACAUGCAUAUGAUCAGCACUUAAAUAUGAUUUUGGGUGAUGUGGAAGAAACUGUAACUACAAUAGAGAUUGAUGAAGAAACCUAUGAAGAGAUUUAUAAAUCUACCAAAAGGAAUAUUCCAAUGCUCUUUGUCAGAGGUGACGGCGUUGUGCUUGUAGCUCCCCCGUUGAGGGUUGGUUGAAGAAACAAAGGAUUUAACCUUGUUGGAAAGUUUCGGGCUUUUGGACAAUGGUUUGUGUUUUGAUCAUGUGUCUCAAUUCUGUACAUGUUUUUUAAAGGAUGUUUUUUGUCUGUUCUUUUGGGAAGGGUGGAGAAGGGGAACCACUUUGUCUUGCACAAGGUACAUGUAGGCAAUUGAAGCAUUGUAAGCCCAACCUGACUUCCUCAGAAUUAAUGUAAAUUGGCUGUCUUGUCCCAACAGUAAAAUAAUCCUUCAUUUUUUUCCAUCUUGGCAAUAGCACUGUCUAAAUUUUGUUUUAAAUAAAUUUGAUUUGUCUUUCAGAUUUGAGUUGUCAUGUUUUUAUGUUGAAGACAUUAUUCUUGAGCUCUUCUGUGGAGCUAGUGCUGUGUUUCAUUGUAGCGUAUAGCCUGCUUUUCUGAGAAAAUAGUAACUUUUGUGUGUGUAGUGUUUAAUUUCUGUUCUUAGUAAUACUGGAGUCUGGCAGAUUGGUGUCUGGGAGGGACAAUACUGCAUGAAUCUACCUUGCUAUAAUUUAUGGCUUCUCUGUGUUCUACUUGAUGCAUAUCCUUGUAGCAGGGAAAUAGUGUAUGUACAUGCAUCUCCCACUUAGAUGGGUAAAGAAGAUGG